AUGAGGGUACGGUAUGCCUGGGAUAAAUCCGUCGCAACAUUUCUUCGAGCGCUUGUUCGACCAAGACUUCACAUACACCCCAAACCCAACGAAACUAUUUUCGUUCCAUCACGAGACUCCGAGCGUACUAUCAAGACGAAUGUCUAUGGCAUAGCCAAUGGCAAACCGAGUCCGGUGUUGAUAAACUUCUGCGGUAGUGGAUUUGUGCUUCCCACCUUUGGGAAUGAUGACGAAUAUUGUCGAUUCGUCGCGGAGAAAACCGACUACACGGUAAUCGAUGUGCAGUAUCGACUUGCGCCCGAGAAUCCGUUCCCAGCAGCGUUUCAGGACGCCGAGGAUGUUGUGAGAUGGGUACAGUCGCAGCCGGAGCGCUUUGAUACAUCAUGCAUAUCGCUUUCUGGGUUCAGCGCAGGGGCUAAUAUCGCCCUCGCUGUUUCAUCUUCAUCUGAGUUCUUUGGUGGCAAGGAAGGGAAGAGCAUCUUCAAUACUGUUGUGUCUAUUUAUGGACCAACGGAUUUGGCUUUGGAGACGCCACAUAAGCCCUUGAUUGAUGAUUCUAACUGGAUUAUGAGGAUUAUCUUCCCAAAGUUUUCUCAUACUUGUCAUAAAUUAUUAAAUCCAGAUAAAGUGGAUCCGCGUGAUACUCGCCUCUCGCCUGGAUUCUCUGAUCCGCGAAGUUUUCCAGAUAAUGCGCUGUUUAUCACUGCAUCUCAAUGUGCAUUUGCCACCGAGGCGGAGUGUCUCUCUGAGAAGAUUGGUAGUAUCGAUGGGAAGGUUUCACUCUGUCGCAGGAUGGAGGGCUGUGCUCAUGGAUGGGAUAAAGAGGCUAUCCGUGGUACUUCCCAGUGUAAAGCGAAAGAAGAGGCAUAUGCAUUGGCUGUGGGUACACUGCAACGUGGGGAAACUGAUGUGGCCAAAGCAAGAGAAGCACAUGUUUGA